AAAGAAACCUGCGGGUCGGGUUCUCUCGAUGGCGGUGCGCUUCCCAGCUUUUGUGGAAAUUGUCCAGAACGCCUCUUUCUCUCUCGCUCUCUCGUCCUCAUUUUCCCGUAAUUCUCCGAGCAGAUCCUUCCUUUCGCACGAUCGAGUCAUGCUCUUCUCCUCCUCCCGUCUCCCAAUUCGAGCUCGGGCCGCCCGAAGCCUAUAAAAAUGAUCCCCGCGGAUCGGAAGAGCAGAGACCAGGACCCCUCGCGAGAUAGAGAUUACGGCUCGUUGCCGUGGGGCUUUCUCCUUUUCGGUCUGAUCGGCGCCACCGCCACCACCGUCGCGGUUGGUCAACUGCGCAGGACUGUUGAUUGGUUCUACACUCAGCUUAACAGGUCACAGUCAUAUUCAUCAUGGAGGAGUUCAACCAGCAGUUCAAAUCGUGGAAGUUACAGGGAGGAAGCUUGGAAUAGAUACAACCGUCGAAUGCAAGAGGAGUAUGAGGAAGAGAUGGAGAGAGUGGAACGGAUAAGGCGUGUGCAAAGUGUAUUUAACAGAGAAAGAAGCAAGUAUAAGAAGAGAUAUGAGACAUGGAGUAAUCCUGGUCCUGGAGCAUAUCAGCAUUUCCAAAGGGAUGACUGGUACUGGAAGACAGAUACAUCUUACAAAGAUAGGAGAACAAAUUAUAGAUUCACUCCAAGGGAAAGUGGAAACUAUUUGAUGUCGCAUCACUACUCAGUCUUGGGUCUUGAUAGGUCAAGGACAGAACCAUACUCUGAUGCUGAGAUUAAGACUGCUUUCAGAGCAAAAGCUAUGGAAUACCAUCCAGAUCAGAACCGGGAUAACAAAGAGGCUGCAGAGGCAAAAUUUAAAGAAGUAAUGAUGUCUUACGAAGCAAUAAAAUUAGAGAGGAAGGGUGGAAGGUGUUGAUCCUACUAGUAAUUGUGAAACACAAAUCAUGUCAGAGACAUGCAAGCGAAUGUAAAUACCUGUUAUGGAAUCUCUUUAUGCUAUGAUUUGCUUGUCCCAAAUGAUAAAGCAUUUGGAUUCUUUUUGUACCCAAAACAAAAAGGCGUUUAGAUUCUUUUUAUUAGGAAUUCAGAUGGUUUGAUGGGUCUGAUAUAAAUAUAUUGCAUUUUGUAGUCAAACUCAGGUUUCGAAUCAUGUGGACUGUUAAGAUAUAUUUCAUUACAAUUAAUCAACUAAAAUUAUGAAAGUUGCCUAUUUCAGGAC